AUGACGACGACGACGAGUUUUGGUGGUGCUUUGACGACGGCGACGGCGACGACGACGACAACGACGAGGAGCUUUAACAACAACGACGGGAGAAGAUGGAGAAGCGAAACGACGACGAUGAUGACAAAAAGAGGAAGAAGAAAGAGCGCGCUGGGAUUUAAGAAGAAAAAAAACGACCGCGCUUCUUCGAUCGUCAUCAGAGCGGACGCGUUUAACAACUUAUCGGCGACGUUAGACGAAGCGUGGGCGAAAAUGAAAGGGGUGGCGGAUUUGUCGCCGGAAAAUAUCAAAGCGCCUUUGAAAGACGUGAGGAGAGCUUUGUUAGAAGCGGACGUGAGUUUACCGGUGGUGAGGAGAUUUAUCAAAAAAGUGGAGGAGAGAGCGCCGGGGGUGAAAGUUACGAAAGGCGUGGAACCGAGCCAGGAGUUGGUAAAGUUAGUCGCGGACGAGUUGUGCACUUUGAUGGGCGGCGUCGGCGCGGAUGGGAUUAACUUUCGCGAGGAAGGGAACGGGCCGACGGUUAUUUUAAUGGCUGGUUUACAAGGCGUCGGGAAGACGACGGCGUGCGGGAAAUUGGCGCUGAGUUUGAAGAAACAGAAUAAGACGUGUUUAUUAGUAGCGACGGAUGUGUACAGGCCGGCGGCGAUUGACCAGCUGAAAAAAUUAGGGAGCGAUUUGAACGUGCCGGUGUACGACGAAGGCGCGAACGCGUCGCCGCCGUCGAUUGCCGCGAACGGUGUAGCAGAGGCGAAAAAGAGAGGCGAUAUCGACGUGGUCAUCGUCGAUACCGCGGGGAGACUGAACAUCGACGAGGCGUUAAUGAACGAGUUGAUUGCGACGAAAAUGAGCACGCAAGCGGACGAGACGUUGUUGGUGGUGGACGCGAUGACUGGUCAAGAAGCGGCGACGUUGACGAAAUCGUUCGCGGAUGCCAUCGAUAUUACCGGCGCGAUUUUAACCAAAUUGGACGGGGAUACCAGAGGUGGCGCAGCGCUGUCGGUGAGAGAAGUCAGUGGGAAACCUAUUAAGUUUACCGGAGUUGGUGAGAAAAUGGACGCGUUAGACCCGUUCUACCCGGAAAGAAUGACGAGCAGAAUCUUAGGUAUGGGCGACGUGGUAUCGUUCGUAGAAAAAGCGCAAGAAGCGGUGAAACAAGCGGACGCGGAACAAAUGAAGGAGAAAAUUAUGAAAGCGACGUUUGAUUUCGAUGACUUUUUGAAGAACAUGGACAUGAUGGGUGACAUGGGAUCGAUGUCGCAACUCAUGAAGAUGAUUCCAGGCGCGAAUAAGUUAUCGGAUAAAGACAUGCAAGAGGCGGAGAAGUCAUUUAAAAUCGCGAAAUCGUUGAUCAUGUCCAUGACGCCGGAAGAGAGAAAGUAUCCGGACAUGUUAGUCGCCUCGAGUACGGCGGAAAGUAGAAGAAACAGAAUCGUGAAAGGGGCGGGAAAAACGGAAGAAGAUUUGGCCGAGUUGAUUGUUAUGUUUGGCGGCAUGCGAGUGAAGAUGCAGCAAAUGUCUGCGGCCAUGGGUUCAGAAGCCGCCAAGUUGGGUUUGCAACCGCAAUUGAGUUCGGACGAGAUGACGAAAUUAGCGAGCGAGAAGGUCAGAAAACGCAUCAAGCCCGGACACGUGAGAAGGAACAAAGCUAAGAAAGUUCCAAAGAGUCUCGUGGAAAGAGAGAAAAUGCUCGCAGACGUUUUGAAUGAUGGUGAAUAA